UUCGCUUAUGUCCAAUUUCGUCAAUACUGUUUCGUGUAUUAUUGUUACUGAGUUUUGUUAAUAAACGUGAAACAUUAUGUUUUAAUCUUGUACCAUCUUGGCACAAUUAUACUCUCGCGAAUAACACCCUGUUGAUACAAGAUGUCAGAGAAGCUAACACUCGGACAGCGGGUGAAGGUGGUGGGUAAAGACGUGAAGGGCUCCGUGGCGUACGUGGGGCACCCCACCUUCGCCACCGGCAAGUGGAUCGGGGUCAUCCUCGACGAGCCCAAGGGGAAGAAUAAUGGCACCAUCCGGGGUCAUGCCUAUUUUACUUGCGAGGAAAACUACGGUGUUUUCGUCCGCCAGACGCAGAUCCAGUUGCUCGAUGGUGAAGACAACCCGAUGGAGACAUCAACCACCUCUGUGGACGAGCCGCGGGUGCCGGCCGCGAACCGGCGGCUUAGCAGUAUCACAGUGGCCCAGCGCUCUAGACCCACCACGGUGCGGCGAAAGACGACGCCUGCGCCGAAGGGCACACUCUCCAUGUCGAGCUCACGCACUUCGCUAGCGAGCAGUCGCCAGUCGCUAACCUCGUAUGCUUCGCCGACGGCCGAGCGAGCCGCGUCGCCCGACCAGGCGGCGAAGCGCGCGUCAUUUGUCGAGACUGGUUUUGUGGAGACACUAACUCCGCAAUACACGCCAGGGCAGAGCAUCACUUCGCCAGCCCCGACACCACACGCUGAAGACAGGCUGGCCAACUUGCAAGCACAACAAGAGAUAACCCAACUAAAAUCCGAAGUAGAAGACCUAAAGGAGAAACUCGAAACGCUACGAGUAAAACGCGCCGAGGAUCGCGAGCGUCUCCGCGAGUUGGAACGCGUGCGUCUGCAGUUGGAACAGGCCAAUGAGUUCAAAGCGCGCAUUAUGGAAUCGCAAGCGCAACUGCAGAGGGACUUACAGAGGGCGAAGCAAGAGGUCCGCGAAGCUCAAGAGGCCCUGGACAACCAUAACGACGAAACUGCAGAGUUGCAAGAGGCGGCCGAGAUGGCAGCACUCGACAAGGAGAUGGCCGAAGAGCGCGCCGAAGCUCUCCAAUUGGAGCUGGAAUCCUGCCGCGAAAAGCUGGAGGAGGCCACUUUAGACCUGCAACUCAUGCGCGCGGAGAUGGAGGCCUCGGGGAACACGCAGCACCCGUACGCAGCGGCGGACGACCGCGCGACCGGCUACGAGAUGCGGCAGCUGCAGCAACAGAACGCGCGCCUAAGAGAGACACUCGUCCGACUGAGGGAUUUGAGCGCACACGACAAACACGCCAUGCAGAAGAUGAAUAAGGAUAUAGAGCAAUACAAAUCUGAGAUAGCGGAACUGUCCCGCACCAAAGAGAAGCUGUCCACCAGGGUUGAAGAGCUGGAGGCCCAGGUGGCGGACCUUCGGGAGCAGGUGGACGCGGCCUUGGGAGCUGAGGAGAUGGUGGAACAGCUGGCUGAGAAGAAAAUGGCUUUGGAAGACCAGGUGGAACAACUAAAACAAGACGUUGCAGAGCUGGAAGCACUUCAAGAAGUCCAUGAACAGCUGGUGGAGUCCAACCGAGAGUUAGAACAAGAUCUGCGCGAGGAGUUGGAGAUGGCUCAAAGCGCCACUAGGGAGGUUGUGCGCGAACGAGAAGCAGCAUUCGAAACUAUCAUGGACCGAGAUUCUACUAUUCUCAAGUUUAGAGAGUUGGUGCAGAAAAUGACUGAACAGUACAACGAGAUUAGAAACCAGCUGGAGUCCAAACAAGGUUCCCCAGCCCCAUCUUCCGAGCAAGACACGCCGGAGCCUUCCCGCUCACCGCCCGUCGAACUUGGCUCCUUAGUGCACCUCUCCCGUGCCUCUACACGCUCUGUGGACCUACAGCUGCGUGCACUAGAACUGGCUCAGGCACGUGCAAGAGCUGACAUGUUAGCCGCGUGUCUACCUGACCAUUUCAUGCAACCAGCAGGUGACCAUGACGCUAUACUGUUAAUUCUUCUGCUGCAACGUCUCACCACGAAAUCGGACAUCAUACUCGGACAAAUCAGGGAACGGUUCCCAGCUGUCAACGUGUGGGAUAGAGAGGCGGUGACCAAGACUCACACCGCCGUGCAAUACAGCUUCAGGUGCCAGCUCGAAUACCAGCUUCACAUGAUACAGUGUAUUGUAUCAAUGUGGGUAUGGACCUUGGAUUCCUGUAAGCCAGAGCUCCUUCUAAAGGCAGCCAGCGCCCUCCCAGACGCCAGUCAACAAGAAAAAGCACUAGAUGGCGCUUUACAACUGCUCAAGAGCAACGAGCUAGAUGAAAACGUCGGCCUCGACGGCAUCGAACGCUGUUGGACCUACCUCUCCGCAAUGUGGUCAGCCCUCGGCCUAUCCACCCUGGAGCCAGAAUACCCUCGCGAGGCAGUCGCUCACGCUUGCUGCGCUCUGGACGCGCUAGCACGCGCGUUACACGCCGACGCUAGCGCGCUGCAACAGACCCUACUGCAAGCCGAGCACGGGCUGGAGUUAGGGCAGCUCCACACGCACAUGAUAACGACGGCCAGCGCGCUGCAGCAGGCCCUCAAGAGCGCUAGACGUCGGUUACCGCCCGCGCCACAAGCGCCGGUGCCAUUGCCAGUGCAGCUAAUCGAGAAGCUUCGCACAGAAGCCGCGGCCACCCUGUCCCGUUGCGCGCGCGCCUCCUACCUCGCCGCGCGCGCCGCCUGCGCCUGCGCAGCGACAGCCGGCGACAGAGGAGAUGGGGCUCCGCUACAACACAGCGUGCUACUGAACGUGUGGACGCAAGCCACUAAUAAGACUUAUCAGCAGGAUGACCACGGUCCAGUGCGCACGAUCAAGCACGCUUUGGCAGCUGUGAGCGCUGACGUCACCAAACUAGCGACUAUGGCCGCCGAGAAAGAAUAUGAUAUGAUGUCGAUCACAAACGUAGCUGAUAAGCCAACUCCGCCUGUGGUGCUGCGCGCGCAGCUCGUGAAAAAACAACUGGAGGAGACGAAGACUUUGACCAUCAAGUUGGAAAACAAGGAGGCUGACAUCAAGGAACUCAGGAAGGCCCUUAAAGCGAAGCAAGAGGAACUCUCAGAGAUGCAGAUUCGCCGCGAGCUCGGCGAAAGGAAGCUGACGGCGGCCGCUCGCGACGCUGAAUUGAAGGCCGAGCAACUCACGCGAAAACUGGACGACGCCAACAACCAACUCAAACGCAAAGAGAAAGAAUUUGAAGAGACAAUGGACCACCUCCAACAAGAUAUAGACUCGCUCGAGAGCGAACGCGGCGCGCUCCGAGACAAACUCAAGUUGUACGCGAAGCGGGGAGGGCAGCACCACGCGGUGGCGACACCGGCGGUCGUUUCCAGAGACUACUCACAAGAGACACCAGUGAAAGUGGCGCCGGGCGUGGCCGCUGGGGAGGUAAACGAGGCGUUACAACAGCAGCUGAAGGUGCUUAGCUGGACCCUGGAACGCGAGCGCGCCGCGCGAGUUGCCGCUUGCCGCCGCGCUGAGACCGUGGCAGCACGUAACUUGCGACCGCUGGAUAAUCCCGGAGCGCCUGAGGCCGUUGCUAGGCGACAGGCUGCCGCGGCGCUGCAGACUAGACUUGAUACACUACAGUCGGAAUGGACGCUAUUCGUGGCUCGCUCAGGGCUAGUCAAGUUCCCGGAAAACCCGAGCAAGUACGCUAAAACUUUGGAACAACAUAAGGAGAAGCAGAGGCAGAUGAGGAAACAGCUAGAGGACCGUCUCCUAGCCCUGCAAACCGAAGUGCGCGAGCAACUCCUCCUCCACCGACCCUGGCGCUGCGUGGAGGCUCCAUUGGCUACGUUCCCCGCUCCCGACCUCACCGGAGCCCUAGCACCUAGAACAGUGCCCGUGGGAGCCCUGUACUACCCAGCGCCGAGUAACACUGAACACACGGUGUAUGUCACGCCUAGGCAGCUAGCUACGCUACGAGAACUGGUGGCUGAACUCAAAUCGGACGACGUGAAACUGGAACUCAAACCGCUGGACGCUACAGUCUGCGCAGCCUAAACUUCAAGAUAAGAAUAGAGCUCGAUUAUAUAACCUUUAAUAACAGAUAGAGAUUUCUUGCAAUAUGUCCAUUCGAGACAUACAAAUCGUCACUACUUUGAAAAAAUCUCGUAUCUCAUGCUUCUCCUUAAAGUUAAAACGCAGUAAGUAUACGCAUUCCAUACAUACUUACUACAAUUUUCUUUUCAUUGACAGACAAAGAUACAAGUUUUUUUAAAAGUAGUGACGAAAUAGAAGAAUUAUAAUUUUUCCCAGUGAAAUCUUUUUGUAAAUCGAAUUUUAGUUAAAGAGAAUUCGUUGACUAGAGCUGUCACUCGGUAGCUUAGUUGUGAAGGUUCGAUUCCCUGGCGGAUAUUUAAUUAUUUAAGAACGCUUCAAAUAAAUGUAAGUAUAAA